AUGUUGCGAUUGAACUUUGCUCGCUUUGCCCAGACUGCUCGCCCUGCUAUUGCCCGCCCCGCUGCUUUUGCUCGGUUCAUCUCGUUCAAGCAAGAGGACCAGCCUCGCUUGCGAAUUGGCAGUGAAGCACCUAAUUUCAAGGCCCUGACUACUUCUGGUGAGAUUGAUUUCCACAAUUUCAUCGGCGACAAGUGGACUAUUCUGUUCUCACACCCUGCUGAUUUCACUCCUGUCUGCACUACUGAGCUGGGAGCUUUUGCUGCUCUUCAGGACGAGUUCACCAAGCGCAAUGCCCAGCUCAUUGGUCUGAGCGCCGAUGAGAUCAAGUCGCACGACGAGUGGGUGCGCGAUAUCGAAAAGUUCACCAGUCACGGUAAGAAAUUCGACUUCCCUAUCAUCGCUGAUGUUGACCGCAAUGUUGCCUUUUUAUACGACAUGGUCGACGAGGAAGGAUUCAAGAAUUUGUCCAAGAGCGCUAUGACCAUUCGCAAUGUCUUCAUCAUUGAUCCUUCCAAGAUGAUCCGUAUCUUCUUCGUGUACCCUGCCAGUGUUGGCCGUAACACUGCUGAGGUUUUGCGUGUCCUGGACGCUCUGCAGCUUGCCGAUAAGGAGAACAUUGCCACCCCUGUUGACUGGACUCCUGGCAAGGACGUUAUUUUGCCGCUCUCGGUCUCCGUUGAGGAGGGCAAGAAGAAGUACGGUGAUGUCGAUGUCAAGACCCCUUACUUGCGUUAUGUCAAGCCUAAGAAUUAG